CAUGGAUUGGUGUUCGACAACGGGGUGAUGGCCAACGCGUCCGCCGUCGUGGUGAAUGACAACGCCGGUGCGCUGACCGAUGGCGCGCUGCUGGUGCUGCGGGAGGCGGUGUCGUUUGUUUGCGGGUCGUGGCUGUCGGUGCGCGGCAACAGCAUCAGCGGCACGCUCCUGUCGGUGCCUCCCAACCCGCGCAGUGUGGAAUUUGUGCAGAGCACGCUGACGUUUCACAAGAACGCCGGCAGUGGGCCCGUCGUGAUGGACGGCACCGUUGAGCUCGGGGGCGCCGGCCGAAAGUUCGUCGUGGGGUGCCUGACGCUCAACGGGCAGGCGCUGCAGGCGAUCAACUACAGUUCCGCCGGCAUCAUUGGGAAAUUCCGUCCUGUGGCGUGCAGCGUGUGCGACGCCGACGUGCGCUGCUUUGCUGCUGCGACGAGGGCGAUGUCGAGGUCGUGCGGCUGCCGCUGUGCUGAGGGCGGGUACGGGCGCGACUGCCUGCCGGUGUACCUGCCGCAGGUGGACGGGUGCAACCGCACGCCCGAGAAACCGCUGCUGAGCCACACGGCGACGCUGACGGCGACGUGCAGCCUGACACCAACGUGGACGCCAACGCCGCCAACAACGAGCCUGAGUACGACGCGCUACAGUCAGACGAACUACGGACCGACGGAGACGCUGCAGGUGACGGAAACGGAGACGCUGCUGCCCACGCCGACCCCGGCAGCGUCGGUGACGGCGACGGUGCUGCCGACCACGACAAUGACGUCAUCGGACUCACUGCCGACCCCGGCAACGUCGGUGACGGCGACGGUGCUGCCGACCACGACAAUGACGUCAUCGGACUCACUGCCGACCCCGGCGGCGUCGGUGACGGCGACGGUGCUGCCGAGCGCGACAAUGACGGCAUCGGAGUCACUGAGCAUGAGCCUGUCGGUGAGCAGCACGCCGUGGUGGAGCGACGUGGCGUGUCCGAAACUCGCCGUGACGACGGCGGCUGGUGGGAGCCUGACGCAGAACGACAUUCGCGGCGGUGGGAGCACCGUCCCGACACUGCUGAUGGUGGUGCUUCCGCCGCCGUUCCGGUGGGCAAGCGACCCGCACCUCGGCACGCACCUGAGCUUUGUGCCGGUGUCGACGGCGCAGCCGCGCGGCUUUGGUGGUCCGUGGGGAGCGAUGCUGCGCAACGCGACGUGGGAGCGCAACGCGACGAAUCCGUCCACCGUCCUGGAGCUGGCUGUGCCCGUGCACCGCGGUUACUUCAUUGCUGCCGACGAGACGAUAGUCAUUCGCUGCGACGCUGCGGCGGUGUCUGGCGGCUGCAACGGUGUGCUGCUUGGGUCUUUCACCAUUGCGUCUAACACGCUGCCCGCCGUUGCCAGCGCCCUCUCGACGAUCACCGGCGUUGUUGCGGGUGCGACGGCUGUUGCCGUGGUGGUGACCGGCGGGCUGGGCUCCAUUCUGGAGAUGCAGGCGCUCGGCGUGUUUGCGAGGAUGUCAUGCGCCUCGGCGCAGGAGCGUGCGAGCACCGUUGCGCUGCCGUACUUCCUGUCGGUGUUCGCUGCCCUUGAUCCGCUGUGGAUGGUGGUGGGCAACGCGCUGCUCGCCGCUGUGUUUGGGUGCGUGCACUACGGUGUGACGGCGGCCUUCCAGCGGUGGCGCGGCGUGGACGCUGCGAGUGCGUGGGCGGCGAUGCGCUUCCCGAGCCUGACGUACGUCGUGGCUCACGCGAUGCACCUCGGCAUCUUCUUCGGCUCCGUGGUUGCACUGGCGAUGCCCGGCGCUCGCGUGCAGCACUAUGUGAUUGGUGUCGUUGGUGUGCUGUACGGUGUGGCGUUUCCUGCUGGCGUGUGCUACUUGAUUGCCCGCCACACGGGCGCGAGCUUCACGAAGUACUGGCAUUUUUUGAAGAAGCCGCUGCACGAGCGCCUGCUGUACCCCGUCGGGUAUUGGCACCCCGCGGCGCAGCAGCGGAUGUACGGCGGCAUGCUAACGAACAUGAA